CUAUAAUCAAGGGAGUCAACUAGUCAUAGACAUGAUGCCAAGUUGCCAACUAUGGCAAAUGGUCCCAACACAUGCCUUAUCAAAGGCCAAAGGCCCAAAAGAAGUCAAAAUUGUUCUGAUAAACAUUGCUAAAAGGCCAUUAGUGUUUGUAUGGUGCUAUAUGGAAAGGAAUUAAGGUGAAGUACUUGAAAAAGUUCAAAUGAAGGGUGAAAGACCAAACCAAAUGGGGUUUGUAGUGUACGUUGAGCACCAUAACAAGCAAGUUAGUUAAAUAGAUUGGAUCUUUUGAGUUAUGGGAAACUGCUGUGCAACUCCAGUUGGUUCUGAAGAAAAGAAGGGUCGCAAGAAGAACAAACCCAAUCCAUUUUCCAUUGACUAUGGUGCUAAUCAUGGAUCUGGGGGUGCUAAUAAUAAGCUUGUAGUUUUGAAGCAUCCUACUGGCCAUGAUAUUCAUGAAAGAUAUGAUCUUGGUGGGGAACUAGGGAGAGGAGAAUUUGGGGUUACAUAUUUAUGUACUGAUGUGGGGACUGGUGAUAAAUUUGCCUGCAAAUCAAUUUCCAAGAAGAAGCUUCGGACUGCAGUGGACAUUGAGGAUGUGCGUAGGGAGGUUGAGAUUAUGAAGCAUUUGCCUAAGCAUCCUAAUAUUGUUACUCUCAAAGAUACUUAUGAGGAUGAUGAUGCAGUUCACAUUGUUAUGGAAUUGUGUGAGGGUGGUGAGUUGUUUGACCGGAUUGUAGCAAGAGGGCAUUACACUGAAAGGGCAGCUGCAGGCGUCAUGAAGACGAUUGUGGAAGUAGUUCAGGUGUGCCACAGAAAUGGAGUGAUGCAUCGUGACCUCAAACCAGAGAAUUUUCUUUUUGCAAAUAAGAAGGAAUCAUCGCCUUUGAAAGCAAUAGAUUUUGGAUUGUCCGUUUUCUUUAAACCUGGUGAGCGCUUCAAUGAAAUAGUAGGAAGCCCCUAUUAUAUGGCUCCUGAAGUUCUCAAACGAAAUUAUGGUCCAGAGGUUGAUGUGUGGAGUGCUGGGGUUAUCCUGUAUAUCUUGCUAUGUGGGGUUCCACCCUUCUGGGCAGAAACUGAACAAGGGGUAGCUCAAGCGAUCAUUCGCUCUGUCAUUGAUUUCAAGAGAGAUCCAUGGCCUAAAGUUUCUGACACUGCAAAGGAUCUGGUAAAGAAAAUGCUUGAUCCGGAUCCUAGUAGACGACUUACUGCUGCGCAAGUUCUUGAGCAUUCCUGGUUACAAAAUGCAAAGAAAGCUCCAAACGUGCCACUAGGAGAGACUGUUAAAGCAAGAUUGAAGCAAUUUUCUGUGAUGAACAAACUGAAGAAAAGAGCUCUGAAGGUAGUUGCGGAGCAUUUAUCUGUUGAGGAAGUGGCUGGAAUCAAGGAAGCUUUUGAAAUGAUGGAUGUUGGAAAGAGAGGGAAGAUUAACUUGAAUGAGCUUAGAAAUGGUUUACAUAAACUUGGCCACCAAAUUCCUGAUGCCGAUCUUCAAAUUCUCAUGGAAUCGGCUGAUGUGGACAGAGACGGAACAUUGAACUAUGGGGAAUUUGUUGCUGUUUCUGUUCAUAUUAGAAAAAUGGCGAAUGAUGAACACCUGCACAAAGCUUUUGCAUUUUUUGAUAGGAAUCAGAGUGGUUAUAUAGAGAUUGAUGAGCUUCGGGAUGCCUUGAGUGAUGAAGGUGAUGCUAACACAGAAGAUGUAAUUGCCGCUAUCAUGCAUGAUGUUGACACAGAUAAGGAUGGGCGCAUCAGUUAUGAAGAAUUUGCUACAAUGAUGAAGGCUGGUACAGACUGGAGAAAAGCCUCAAGGCAAUAUUCUCGAGAGCGGUUCAACAGUCUGAGCUUGAAGUUGAUGAAGGAUGGCUCAUUACAACUUGCAAAUGAAGGUAGAUAAACUAGUGAAGUGUUGGGGAGAGAUCAUCAGUUACGGGGAAGGCAAACUACGAAAUGGAAAAGGCAGAUUCUCUUUUGCUUCAUUCGAGUUCUCUAAAACCCAUGUUUGAGAGCUCCUUCUUCUCCUUUUUAACAUUUUUUUGCACCAUUCUGCUGCUGGCAAAAGUGAGCUCUUGGGGAGACACUUCCUGUUUGUUCAACUUUGACAUUCUGUAGGUUUCAAAAGUCUAAUUUUUGGGUGGUAGAUGUAGAAAAGAUCAAAUCCUAUGACAGAAAGAAAAAAAGCUGAUGGGAUUAUUAUUCUGUUGUAUAUAUUCUACCUAGGUUUAGAAGCCAUUUCGCAUGGAAGGAGAAACACAUUUGUACCCAUCCAUCUCCAUUUCUGAUUGUUGCUGAAAAUCCUAUUUUGUACUUGAAUUUCAUUUCAGUUAUUCCAUCAAAAUUCUAUGAAACCUCAUAAUUCCAAAUGGUUAUUUAUUUAUUUAUUUUAGAACACAAUUCUCAAUUACUCAAAUUGGCAC